CACUCUUCACUAAGUCCUCUCCAGCUAGAGCAGUAAGACUCAAUCAACAUGUCCUUCUCCAGCAGCAGCUUCAUGUCCUCUGGUGGAUCCAUGAGGGGAGCACCUAUGGGCUUCUCUCACCUCUCCAUGUCUGGAGGUGGCAGCCGCAUUGGUGGCAUGAGGGCCGGCAGCGUGUACGGGGGUGCAGGUGGCUCUGGGGUCCGCAUCUCCAGUUCCAGUGCAUCCAGGUCCUUCUCUGCUGGUGGUGGUUUUGGCAUGGGUGGUGGUGGAGGUGGCUUCAACCUGUCUGAUGGCCUGGACCUGCACGUGUCUGCCAACGAGAAGGCCACCAUGCAGAACCUGAACGACCGUCUGGCCACUUACCUGGACAAGGUCCGCUCCCUGGAGACGGCCAAUGCUGAUCUGGAGCACAAAAUCCGCAUGUUCCUGGAGGCCAAGACCUCCCCCACUGGUCGUGACUACAGUGCCUUCCAUCUCUCUAUCACCGAACUCCAAGGCAAGAUCCACGAUGCCACACGCAUCAACAGUGGAAUCUACCUCAGCAUUGACAACGCCAAGCUGGCAGCAGAUGACUUCAGGGUCAAGUAUGAGAACGAGCUGUCCAUGAGGCAGUCUGUGGAGGCCGACAUCAGUGGCCUGAGGAGGGCGCUGGAUGACCUGACCAUGGCCAGAUCUGACCUGGAGAUGCAGAUUGAGGGGCUGAGAGAGGAGUUGGUCUUCCUCAAGAAGAACCACGAGGAGGAGCUGUUGUCCAUGCGUGCCCAGAUGAGCGGCCAGGUCCAUGUGGAGGUUGACGCUGCACCACAGGAAGACCUCAGCAAAGUCAUGGCUGAGAUUCGCGAACACUACGAGGCUGUCGCUGCCAAGAACAACAGAGAACUGGAGGGCUGGUUCCACGCCAAGACCGAGGCGCUGAACAAGGAGGUCGCAAUUAGCACAGAAGUUAUCCAAACGUCCAGAUCUGAAAUCUCAGAAGUCAAACGUACGCUGCAGAGUCUUGAAAUCGAACUGCAAUCACAAAUAAGCAUGAAAUCAUCCAUGGAACAUACCCUCGCAGAGACAAAGAACAGUUACUCCAUGCAGCUGUCAGGUUAUCAGAUGCAGGUGACCAACUUGGAGGAACAGUUGGUUAAUCUCAGGGCUCAGCUGGAACGGCAAGGACACGAAUACCGGAUGCUGCUGGACAUCAAGACCAGACUGGAGAUGGAGAUCGCCGAGUACAGGAGGCUGCUGGACGGAGAGGCUAACAGCAUGUCAUCCUCAUCCUCAUCCUCGUCCACAACAACACGCAAGGUGGUGACUAUUGUGGAGGAAAUGGUGGACGGCAAGGUGGUCAGCUCCACCAGUUCCUCUGCUGGGACACUGGUUGCCUCCCCAUGAGAAACAUCUUGAACCAGAAAUGUCACAACAAAGAACACCAUGUCGCUGAUGACUGCUGUCAAACUUUCCCAAAGAGAUUAAGAAAUAAACGUGCUCUGAGCUGUUGAAACUGA